GAGAUGCGGUGAGAUGUGAGCAGUGAUCGUCCAGGCGGCGCACAGAGAGACUUCCAGCCUCCACCGCUGCUCCCCGCUCAGUCUCCGAGGCUGACGUCAGCUGGCUGCUCGGCUCUCCGCUCCUCCGGAAGAAAAAAUGCUGCUCUCCGUGCCGCCAAGGACAGGAAUCAGCCCGUACAACGGCUACACCGGCAAACACAGCAAGAAGACAUAUGUGUCCCCUUCCAACCAUCAGAUGGCUCCACCAAGCCCCAACAGCAACAACAACAGCAACACCACCACCACCAUCAGCAAUGGCAGCAGCAGCAGCAGCAGUGGGGGAGAGCAGCUGAGCAAAACCAACCUUUACAUCCGUGGCCUCCAUCCAGGAACCACAGACCAGGAUCUGGUCAAACUCUGUCAGCCGUAUGGGAAAAUUGUGUCCACCAAGGCCAUCCUGGACAAGACGACCAACAAAUGCAAAGGCUAUGGGUUUGUUGACUUUGAUAGUCCAUCCUCGGCUCAGAAGGCAGUGACAGCGCUGAAGGCUGGUGGAGUUCAGGCUCAGAUGGCCAAGCAACAGGAGCAGGACCCCACCAACUUGUACAUCUCCAACCUGCCGCUGUCCAUGGACGAGCAGGAGCUGGAGAACAUGCUGAAGCCCUUCAGCCAGGCCAUUUCCACACGCAUCCUCCGUGACGCCAAUGGGACCAGCCGAGGAGUGGGCUUUGCCAGGAUGGAGUCGACAGAGAAAUGUGAGGCCAUCAUUCAACAUUUCAAUGGAAAAUACAUCAAGACUCCACCUGGAGUUCCAGUGCCAUCAGAACCCUUGCUGUGUAAAUUUGCUGAUGGAGGCCAGAAGAAGCGUCAGAGCCAAGGAAAAUAUCUGCAGAACGGUCGGCCCUGGACAAGAGAUGGGGACACUGGAGGAAUGACCCUCACUUAUGACCCCACCACAGCCUUACAGAACGGGUUCUACUCCUCUCCCUACAGCAUUGCCCCCAAUCGGAUGAUCGGGCCAGCCUCCCUCUCCCCAUAUAUGCAUUCACCUGUGUCCACCUAUCAGGUACAUAACCCAUCCUGGAUCCAUCACCAGUCAUACAUAAUGCCGCCCACAGGAGCAGUGCUGACACCCGGAAUGGACCACACCAUGUCCAUCCAGCCGACCUCCAUGAUGGGGCCCCUGACGCAGCAGCUCAGCCACCUUUCUAUGGGCAGCAGCGGCACAUACAUGCCUGCAAACACAUCUAUGCAGGGGACCUACAUGCCCCAGUACACCCAAGUGCCUGCCACCAACAUCUCGGUUGAGGUAAUGACCUCUGUUUUGGUGCUUAACACUAAAAUGCUGUGCCAGACUAUAACUCUUCGUGCUUCUUUCUCUCAGGAAAGUGCCGUCCAACAACCUGUUGCCAUAGAGACACCCACAGAACACACAACCUACUCCUACCAGCAUAACAAGUGAAGCGAUCUUCCUCUGGAGCCGGAGUGACUCUCAAAGGGCCCAAGUGCUGAAACUCGGCACAGCGACUCUGCACGUAAGGCACCAGGCGCUCGGGAGGAACGGGAGCUGUUCAGCAGAAAGGACACACUCAAAAAGAAACAAAAAAAGAUAUUUUCUAUAAACUCAUAUUUUAAAAAGAACUCUUUUACUCCAAACAAGCGAAGCUGGAGGGGAGCAGGCAGUGGGAAAUGGAGGAGCAGAACAAGGAGCGUCUAUUUUGAUAACAGUCAAGAAAAAAGUCUCACACACUACACAUUUAAAAGGUUUUCAUAUUCUUUUCUAAUACUACUCCGGGGAGCUAGAAUGAAACCAGGAAAAGAACAUUUCAACACCAUGUUUUAUUUCAAGUCCUGUUUUGUUUUGACCUUUUUUUUUUUGUAAGAUAUGCUGAUUUUACUUCUUUGUUUUUUUUGUUUUUGUCUGAUUCUUUCGGGCUUUGAACCUGCCUUUUUGUACAUAAUUCCUUGCUUCGGUGUGUAUCUACCUUCACAUGUCCUACUUUGAUUGAUUGGUGCAAAUAUCUGAAUACAGAAAAAAAGCUGAAGUCCUCCAAAAAGCUGAUGACUCAUAUUGUAAAGUGAUACGGUGCUGACUUGGAUUAGCUUCUCUUGAGGGGGCGGCAAGUUUAUCAGGUGUGAAAUCUUACCUGCAGUGCUCUCAUUUCUUUUUAUUGGCACUUGACUCUCAGAUAAUUUAUAGUUCCAGCAAUCUCGACAAAGCUUCAGACAAUCAGGAGAUUACUCGACAAGGAACAUUUUCAGAUGACGGUCAUCAGUGGCAGAUCUCUUUAAAACAUAAACGGAUUUAAAGCAUUCCAGAUCUUACUGUCAGAAAGUCGGUUCACUUUGAGAUGAAGAAAUCCAAAGUUGCUUAACAGGGAUCACAUCUCACACACAGCUGCCUGUAAAUAAGAGAUUUAAAUUUAUUCAGGCUUUCUCUUGGUUUUGUUUUUUAUCCAUGAAGAGAAGCUUCAGUUAUUUCACAUGAUACCAAAUGCUCUGGACAUAGCGAUGUAUGCGUCGCUGUGUUGUCCGGUGUUUCUCGUAUCCCUUUUAUAAAAGGGGAAGCUGACUCUCCACCAAGUCCCCCAAGCAAAAAAAUUAGUUAUUUAAGUAUGAAGUUCGUAGACAUGGAAAUCAACUGGUGAAACACUAUUUCGGUGGAUUGUUCUGGCCGGCAUAGAGAAGCUUUAAUACUGGCCAUUGCUGUGUGUUUGCAUCUUCUUCUGCAUUUCUGAUUUUCACCUUCAUGUUCUUUUUUUAAAAUUUGUUAUUUAAAGGUUUCUUUUUUUUAAAUUCCAUUUUAAUACUUUUAAGAUUGAUCCUAUUUUUCAAAGAAGCUUUGAUUUUAUUUUUGAUAGUGUGUCGUGUGCUUCAAAUAGUGAGAAAUAGAAGUUUUUUUUUUUUUUUUGAAAUAGUGAUUAUUUGUGUUGUUUGUUUGCAUACUUUUUUUUCUUGUUCUGGUUUCAGUGUUGAUGUCAAAGAGGCUUUAAUAUUUUUUAAAAGACAUUUCAGUUCCGUCUGUGUCACAAAUGUUGGCACUUUGUAAACUCCUGUUCGUGGGUGAAAUAUGUAUGCUCGGUUCAGUUGCAUUGUUACAGAGCUGUACCCGAAACAGUUGGGAUCAGCGUGAGAGAAAUUUAUGUUUUCAAGAAAAAACCUCGACUUACCUCAUCCUGCCAGAGCGACGUAGAUUCAGUUUGUGUACAAGGUUCACAGGCAAUAACCAACUACAGUAGGUCUCAUGGCUGUUCACAGCUGGUACUGUGUCCACAUCCUUUAACUCUUCCGUCCAAUGUUCGGAAAACACGCCCAAGGUCUGAAGAUCUAUGCAAUUAAUUUAUUAUCCUUACAAAUGCAAUACUACAGAUAGACAAGACACCUCACGUUACGGCAAAGGAUCACCUCACAGAUAUACAUUCUGGCUCUUGUGGCUUUUAUCUUUCAUUUUAAAUCGAUUGUUUUUUUUGUUUGUUUGUUUUCUGACACAUGCAUCUUUGGUUCAUUACUUGAUGGUGAAAUUGCUACGUUAAAAGGGAACUAUUUCAUACCAAAAUGUGGUUGUUAAUAUUAUCUUGGGAAAUGUUUGAACUCUAAAAAAAAAUCUAAAAAUGAUGAUGGCAGGUCUGGUUUGUGUGUAUAAAGGCAGGCUUUGCUGCUCAACUUUUAUUUCCCAUCGACAUCAUCCGGUUGUUUUAGGUGGGAUUCUCUCUUCCAUCCAGUUUCACUUUUCAUGGUUUGGCUUCGUGUCCCACCUCGUCCUGUUUGCUGGCCUGCUUUUCUUCCAUGAAACUUUCAUUUCUAGUAGAAAAUGAAACUUCACAGAAAUGCCUUAGAUUUCACUGGAAGGGAUUGUGAAGUGUUUUUUUUGUUGGGCUUGGCCUCUGACUGGAAAUGAUUUCAUGUACUGCAGAUGUUUUUAUGAAGCUACUCUGAACAUGGAAGCAAAGCAAUGUCUGAACUUUAACCCUCGUGUUGUCCUGCGGGUCAGAAUUGACUCGCUUUAAAGUUUGAAAAUGUGGAAAAUCUUCGAACAUUUUUUGGUGGAAAAAAAGAAAUGUUUAAAAUGUUUCUGAAGAACAUUCACAAAAAAAUCGACCAAAUUCCAGCGAAUUUUGCUGGAUUUUGGUUGAUUUUUUUGGUGAGUGUUCUUAAACAAAAUAUGAGGAGUUUUACUGAUGUAUAUGUAAUCAUUUUAGAUAUUUUUAGGAUUUUUUGAAGAUUUUUACUCAUUUUCUGAAAAUAUUUACAAGAAUUUUCUUGCCACAUUUGGGGGACUUUUUUUUUUUUUUUUAAACUUGUACAGGAAACUUUUAAGGAAUUAUUGGAAUUUUCUUCCUGAAGGUUUCCAUAUUUUCAGAAAAUUGGGGAUUUUUUUUUUGCUGAAUUUUGUGAUUUUUUUCAGACAAGGAAACAAGGACAACAGGAGGGUUAAAUCACUACUGUUCCAUUGUUUUAAUCCAAAAAUACUGGUGAAAAACUGAGCAGUGGUUUAUUCAGUUUAAAUACAUUUUGCUGCUAAUUAUGGAUUGGAAGUGUUUGGAAAUGUUUCAGCUGAAGGUCAUUCAAUCUCAUGUCAAACCACGUCCAUGAAGUCUUCCGUUUUUGUGCAUCAAACGUUUGUGCCAUGAUGCAGGUCUUCUGUUUCCUUCAUAGAGAAAAAAAAAAUCCCCACAGCUAUAAAACUUGGUCUGAUUUUGAACUUGCCAUUUUUUAAUAAAUGUUUUUUUUUUUCCA